ACCGAUACUUAUAUGCAAGUCGAUGGCAACGUCCGUAGUGAACAACCUUUCAAGACUUGUUUUUCGUCGAGGGCUAUUGCAGCAGCCAUGGGUAGCCAGGUAUCCAUUGUGCAGUGCGGCACCUCAGUCAUCUGCGUCAGAUGCCAGCUCAUCACCUCCCACACCACCACCAGCUGCAGAAGCGGAGGCAGCAGCAGCAGCAGCUGGUCCACCUGCCGAGGAGCUGCAGAAACAGAUUGAGGAGCUGAAGCUGCAAGUCCAGGACCUGGAUGACAAAUAUAAGCGCUCACUCGCUGACCGGGAAAACGUACGCACACGUUUAGAAAAGCAGGUCAAAGACGGCAAGCUCUUUGGCAUUCAGUCGUUCUGCAAAGACCUGUUAGAUGUGGCGGACAUUCUCGGUAAGGCCACGGAGAGUGUGCCGCCAGAAGAAAUCAGCGAGAGCAACCCGCACCUCAAGAGCCUCUACGAGGGCCUCAAGAUGACCGAGGCGCAGCUCAUUACCGUGUUCCGGCGUCACGGCGUGGUGCCCAUCAACCCGGUGGGUGAGAAGUUCGACCCGCACCAGCAUGAGGCGCUCUUCCAGCAGGAGGUAGAGGGUGUCCAGUCGGGCCACGUGGCAGUGGUCACCAAGAUUGGCUACAAGCUGCACGAGCGCACCAUUCGGCCGGCGCUGGUCGGUGUGGCCAAGUAGCAUGGGCCAGGAGCUGGCGACCGUGCGGGGCCGGCAGUGCGGGGCGGGUGCCUGCUGCGUGCCGGCCAGCCCCGUAUACGAGGGUGCACGGGUGCACGGAGGGAGUGGGAGUUUUGGGGCCGACUGCUGAGGGGCUCGGGCGAGUCACUCCGACUGCCGGGUGGGCCCACACUGAGCGAGGUGAGGUGUGGAGGAGAGUGCCUGUAUGAGCGUGGAACCAGCCCAGCUGCCGUGGGUGUCAGCUGGGUUUUACCGGCCGCUCCCGGGGGAUCUGUUAUUCGGCGGCGGGGCUGUUCUGGACCGCUGUUACGACCUGUCCUAGGGCCGCUGAGCCGGACCUACCCGAGGCCCGCUGAGCAGGACCUGCCUUAGGGCAGCGGUUCUGGAGCGCUGUUUGUAUCUGUCCUAGGGCCGCUGGGCGAUAGUCAGCAUCUGAGGAUGGUUGCGGUUCAGACGUAUGUGGGCGCGUUGGGAUGAUGUGCAUAAGCGGACAUGGUGUGGAUGGACGUGUGAACGUGGCGUGGGUAGAGGCGUCGUACAAUGCAACUGCUGCACUGACUGGGAUUAUAUUAUCGACCCAGUCGCGGUGAUAGGCGGCUGCCGUGUGAAUGAUUAGGGCUCGCAGGUGUUCUCAUUGUUUUUGGAGAAUUGCGAGCUAGCUGUAAUCCGAAUACACCAUAUUAUUUUC